UGGUGCGCAUGCGCAGUUCUGACUGCUAGCCGAGCGAAGCUAACAACAUUAGUGACGUUUUGGUUUCGGCAUUGUUGUUGUUGUUCUUUUCAUUUCAGAAUUCUUCCUUUUUUUGAGAAUCUGCUCAACUUUACUCUCUCCUCUCCUCGCUUUAAUAUCGGGUUUACGCUGUGGAGGCGGAGUGGAAGCUGCAAACAUGAAAUGGAUGUUUAAGGAAGAUCACUCCCUCGAGCACCGGUGUCUGGAAUCGGCCAAGAUCCGAAACAAAUACCCCGACAGGGUUCCUGUGAUCGUGGAGAAGGUGUCAGGUUCUCAGAUAGUGGACAUCGAUAAGCGUAAGUACUUGGUGCCAUCAGACAUCACUGUGGCUCAGUUCAUGUGGAUCAUCAGGAAACGCAUCCAGCUGCCUUCGGAGAAAGCCAUCUUCCUGUUUGUGGACAAAACCGUCCCACAGAGCAGUCUGACUAUGGGACAGCUAUACGAGAAGGAGAAGGACGAGGACGGCUUCCUGUACGUGGCCUACAGCGGAGAGAACACGUUUGGAUUUUAAAGUCCCGCCCACUUCUGUUUUCUUCUGGAUGAGUGUGUUUGAUUAAUAAUGAAUAAAUUGUGCGAGUGUGUGUGUGUGUGUGUGUGUGUGUCCCGACUGUGGUAGCAUUAACAUAUCUGUGUGAGUGAGGAGGAGAUGAUGAUGAGGAUGAUGAUGUAAUCAGAGGUGCUGCCAUGACGAUCUACAUUAUUAUGAUCUUAAUGAAUAUUAAUCACUUUUAGACGUUUAAUUUUAUUGACCCCUGUAUAAAUAAAUAUAUAUUAUCUGUAUUCAAGAGCGUGAUGUAAACGGUAAGGUAGCUGGAAGACCGAACCAAUAAAAACAGGAACAGGAA